AUGUCAACUAAUCGAUUAAAUUUAAACAAUACUGAUGAAUUAAACCAUUUCUUACAUUUCAACAAGACUAGAGUACCUGGGUCUAAGAACUCAAUUGAGGUACAAGAUUAUAUUUUGAACCAUUUCAACAACUUAACAUCAAGAUCCGAGAUCCCAUGGGAAAUUGAAUUGGAUAAUUUCCAAGAACGAGGUUAUAAUUUUACAAAUAUCAUUGUUUCUAAAAAACCUAAAUCAUUUUCCAACAAGGGCAAGUACUUGGUACUUGCUGCACAUUAUGAUACUUUAUUGAAACCAAAAGGUUUCAUUGGUGCUAUAGAUAGUGCAGUAUCAUGUGGUAUUUUAUUAGAUAUAGCAGAAUCAUUAUCUCAAGUUUUAGAUUUACAUUUCCAAGAUUUUGCAUAUGAUAUGAAUCUUGGUCUAAAAUUUAUAUUUUUCGAUGGUGAAGAAGCUUUUGAAAAAUGGUCACCUACUGAUUCUAUAUAUGGAGCUCGUCAUUUAUAUGAAAAAUGGCACCAUGAAGCUAAAAUUAAAGAUAUUGAAUUGUUAAUUCUCCUAGAUUUAUUGGGUGCACCAGAUCCCAAAUCAAAUCAAGUUCCAAGUUAUUUUGCAGAGACACAUGAUAAUUAUAAUGAUUUAACGUUAUUAGAGAAUAGAUUAGUUGAAAAUUUCCCUUCAUUAUAUGAUAAUUCAUAUCAAUCAAAAUAUUUAAAUGUGGUUCAAGAUGAGUUCAUCGUGCCUCAAGUAACCAUGGAAGAUGAUCAUUUACCAUUUUUAAAAGCAGGUGUUCCAGUUUUGCAUUUAAUACCUUCAAGAUUCCCUAAACAAUGGCAUAGAAAGAAAGAUAAUUUCCAUAAUGUUGAUUUACAAGCUGUUAACCGUUGGAAUUUGUUAUUGAAAGCGUAUGUACUCGAACAUUUGGAGAUCACAGAGCCAUUUACAUACAAUCCAUAA